AUAGUCGUGUAUGUCAAUUCACGCAUUCGUUAAACAAAGUUUGUCCCAGUGGAAUGGCCGUACAUGGUCCGUUGCAGAUCUACCUCCGCACACGUCUUCUGUUUUUCACGAAACUAACACGCUGUUCACUAAAUCUUCCUGAAAUAGUACAUACUGAACGGACUGAAGACUCAACGCAGUACGUCCAUCGCUACUUGACUGGACUAAAACAUCAUUGAUUAAAUCUUCGUCAUUGGUUGCACUCGUCUCGAUGCACGUUGAAGCUACUCGGCCUAGCUUAGCUUAGUUUCGCUUGCUAACAAAGAGACGCGUUUAUGAGCAACACAUCGCCAAGCAGAGAUCAAGUGUGAGCGCAAAGUGUUGUGAUCGUCGCGUGAAAAUGUGUGCAAGAAGUAGAGCAAAGUACGAGGAGGAACUUUGGGGACCAAAAGAGGAGAAAGAGACACAACGCCAACUACUCGACGCUGUUUGCAAGCAGCCAAGCGUUGGGUUACGCACAGCAGACAUCAGGAAAACAUACCUUCGUCCUGAGCGUCUGGAGCCGGAGACCACUCACAUUAAAGAAGAGGAAGAGCCAGAGCAUCUUUACAUUAAAGAGGAGGAGGAAGAACCCCCUCAGAUUAAACCGGAGGAGUCCGAGCAUCCUCACAUCAAAGCGGAAGUGGAGGACAAAGAGGUCCCCUAUAUCAAAGAGGAAGAGGAGGAGGAUGAUAUCACCAAGUUGCCAUUGACUGGGGACACCCCUUUAAACAGUAAAAAUGAAGGUCAAAGGGAGGAGAGCAUAGGAGUGAAGCCUCCAAGCAGUAGCAGCUCAGGUCAACACAUGACAACAGAAAGUGAUGGGGGAGACCACUGUGGAGGAUCACAAGCCGACGGCCUCAUAGCGCCACUGUCGGAUAGUGACGACAUGACGUCACACUCUCCUCACACUGAUGAUGAUGAUGAAGAGCAGUGUGGCGGUCAUAAGGCCGAUCACACUGACAAGAAACGCUGGCAAUGUUCUCAGUGUGGGAAAACCUUUGCUUCUAAGUGGGAUUUGAAACGACACAAGAGAAUACACACUGGAGAGAAACCUUUUGCCUGCUCUGUUUGUAGUCAAAGAUUCACUCAGAAGGUACACUUACAAAUACACACAAGGACACACACUGGUGAGAAACCUUUUUCUUGCUCGGUUUGUGGUCAAAGAGUCUCUGUUAAGGGAAGCUUAAGAAAACACAUAAGAAUCCACACCGGAGAGAAACCUUUUGCCUGCUCUGUUUGUGGUCAAAGAUUCUCUGAUAAGGGAAACUUAACAAAACACACAAAAAAGCACACCGGAGAGAAACCUUUUGCCUGCUCUGAUUGUGGUCAAAGAUUCUCUCGAAAGGGACAAUUGACAAGACACACAAGAACACACACUGGUGAGAAACAUUUUGCCUUUGCAGAUUGUGGUCGAAGAUUCUCUUGUAAGUAUCUGGCUAAGGCACAAUGUGCCGGUGAGAAAGAACAGCAGUGAUCAAGAAACUUUAAGUGAAAAUGUAGAUGUUUAAUUUCCCCCCAAAAUUAUGAUGGAUAGGAAACAACCACUGUGGGACUCCACGAAGCAUGCUCUAACACCGCGAGAGACAGCGAGAUUUCCCAGAAGAAACUUGGCGGCAAUGCUGCAAAAACUAGAUUAGCAACCUCGAGACUUAAUUUCCUCCACAUCCACUUUUGUUUCCUCUUUUUGUGUGGCUGAUUACUGUUGAUUGCUUUCUUCCAAUCCCUGCUGAUGCCAAGAUAUUGUGGAGCCACUCGAAGAACUCAUCAAUGGAUCUUUUGAACCCACUGAAAAGAGGGAAGGCUAUAAUUCAACCACUAGUACAGAUCUAUUACCCACCUCACCCGACGACCAUAUUAAAAGUCCUCUCCUCUAUUGACAAGAAGCUAUCACUUCUUGAUUUAUUACACCAGGAGAUUAAUGAGGUAAAAACCAGGUUGGAGUUCACGCACCAGCAAGUCAAAGAGCUAAAAGAAGACAAUGCCGAACAUCAGUCAGCCAUGAAAGCAAUGACAACUGAGGUUGAAGUUCACAAGAAAGAAAACAAAACAAAAUCAAAGAAGAUUGCUAGACUAACAGUCAAGAAGCGUGCAGGAUAACCUCGUUUUUUUCCAGCAUUUCUGAGUGUACACCUGAUAAUCCAGAUGCUCAAGUAAAAAACUUAAUGUUGACGUCACUGAAAGUCCCAAAGUAGACACUUGCCAACAUUACCUUCACACCGAAUCCACAGACCAGGAGGACCGGGAGCAGGGAGUCAACCCCAUCCAAUCAUCGCAAAAUUCGAACAUUUCCAGCAGAAAGUCUUCGUAAAGUCAAAAGGACGGGAUCUGAAAAGUACACCGUUCUGGAUGAAUGACCAUUUCCAACGCGAAAUUAACGAGCAACGCAAAGUUCUGUACCCUCUAAUGAAGAACCACCGGCAACAAGGAAAAUGCGCCUCACUGGUUGUGGACAAACUAUAUGUAGACAUCAACUGUUUCUGCGAUUCCAAAGUCACCCCUUGGCUCUUCUAAUAAAUGAGUAUU